AAUAUAGUGAAACGACAUAUUAUGAAAUAUAAUUUUUUCACCUUUCAUAAAAGACAAGUCAACAUGACAAGUUUUUGUGAAAAGUCACAUGUCAAAAUAUAGUGUCAGCUGCUUUAUAUCAAUUUCUAAACCUGCGAAGUGUUGUGUAAACUGCAAUUAUAUUUUGGAAGAUUUAUUUUAAAAAUUUAAAAUGUUGAAAUCUCCAUCUAAACUAUACGAAAUAUGUUUGGAAGUCGCCGUUGAAGACUCUAUAUCGGCAUGUAAAUUUUGUAAAAAGGAAUUCAGAUUUCUACCAAAUAAUGUACUUUUCGACUUCUAUUAUAAGAUGUUUCUGGGAAAACGUCUGUGCCUUUUAGCUGUAGAACUUAGUGAAUUAGAAGUUUUCAAUCGAGUUGUAUCAGUUAAACACCAACGGACAAAGUUUCUAAAAAGUUUUCAAUCUCUAAUCGAUCAUGGUACAAAUAUUCCUCAACAGCUCGUCAAAACAUUUAUACAGUGUAGUCAACAAAGUAAUUUUAGUGAAAUGAAUCUUAUUGAAGUUGGUUUGAAGAUGGGAGCGUUUUUCAACGAAGGCGGUCUCUUCACUCAUGCUAGAGAUGUAUUAUCAGUUACUGAAGACAUAUGUAAAAAAAGGGAUAGAGAUAUUACUACACUGAGGAUGUUAUUAGAUUGUUAUUACAAACGCAUCUAUUCUGAAACAAUAUACUGUGAUUUUGAAAAAGCGAGCACUACUUUUGAAGCUGCUCAGAAAGUUAGUAAAGAAUUGGAAGAAAAAGAUGCUCUACCAAAUUUAGCUGGUCUCUAUUCCAAUUUCUCUUUUUUAUAUUUUAUUCGAAGCGAAUAUAACGAGGCGUUCAGUUGGACGAUAAAAGCAUUAAAAUUAUUAAACGACAAAUUACCGAAAAGAAUAAUAAUCGACGUUUUGCGACAAGCAUCUAAAGCUUGUGUGGUAAAAAGAAAAUUUGCAUCUGCAGGUCUCCUAAUAUCGCAAGCUGUCAAUAUGGCUUCGGAAUUGUAUAAAUUAGACGGUCACCCGCAUUUUUCUGACACCCUUUUAGAUUACGGAUUCUAUUUAUUGAAUUUCGAUUCGAUUCCGGAAAGCGUACGAGUGUACGAAAAGGCCCUGACAAUCCGGAAAGAAGUUUUCCAAAAAAAUAACAUUAAAGUGGCAUUGGGACACGAGGAUUUAGCCUACGCGCUUUAUGUCAAUGAAUAUAGUUCCGGAAGGUUUUAUGAAGCGAGGGAACACGUAGAACGAUCUAUACGUAUAAUGGAGAGAAUUUUACCAUCGGAUCAUCUACUUUUGGCGUCGGUUAAACGAGUCAAAGCACUCAUAUUGGAAGAAAUAGCUUUAGAUGAAAGAAGUAAUAUUUCAUUACAGAAUCAAUAUUUCACGGAAGCCCACAGUUUACAUAAAUCAGCAUUGACUUUAUCGUUCAAAGCUUUCGGGGAGAAAAACGUACAAACGGCUAAACAUUACGGAAACUUGGGAAGGUUGUUCCAGAGCAUGAAAUUUUACGAUCAAGCCGAAAAAAUGCACCUGAAAGCUAUAGCCAUUAAAGAGGAGUUACUAGGCGAUAAUGAUCACGAGGUUGGACUCAGCGUUGGACACUUGGCGUCACUCUACAAUUACCACAUGAAACGUUACAAAGAAGCCGAACAAUUAUAUCUGCGCUCAAUUGAAAUAAAUCUGAAUUUAUUCGGAGAAGCUUACAGCGGAUUAGAAUACGAUUAUCGGGGAUUGGUAAAUAUUUACACGAAAAUAUUCGAUUCCUACAAAAUGAUACAUUAUAUAUAUAAAGUGAGGGAUUGGAAGACUUUAAGGGAUUCCAUACAACCCGUUGAACACGAUCCCGAAGUAAUACCUUUGAAAGAAAUAAUAGAAAAACUCUUUAGUACCUCAGGCAGUUUCAGUUUAUUCAAAAAAACCGUUUAAACUGUUGUUUUAUCAAUUGAUUAAUAAAUUUCGAGGGAAAUUAUCGAUUACGUUAUUAAAUCAUGACACAAACGAAUUACGAACAUAACCUAACAUAUAUCGAAUGACGUAGUCUCGUUCUAUGACACGCGCAAUAGAAAUCUCCGCCCCACUUCAAUUACUACUAGUAUACGGUAAUCACAUAUAAAUUAAAUACUACGGAUGUCUUAGUGUAAGACGGAGAAACGUAAUUAUGAGAAAGAUGUAAAAGGUGACCGAUUUAAAAAGACGGCAUAAGCAAAACGCACGCGCACGAUGAUCGAUUGGAAUUUAAUUUCACGGCAGGAUAGUAAUCUGGGGUUAUGUUUUAUAAAUGGUACAUCAAGAAACCAUCAUUUCUCACUAAUUCGAAUUUCUAGCUAAUAGAGGUACAGAGCUUGUAGAGUGAUUCCAAAGCUUCUCUUUGGUGAUAUUCAAAUUGAACUAUUUACACUACCACUACGCCAACGCGUUUCGAUAACCAAUUUGUAGUCUUCAGAGAUUAAAGUCUAUUAACUUAACCUACCUAUUAAUACUAAAUUUUCCUCACCGGUGAAUUUUUUUCCGAGAAAACAACGCCAAUAAGAAAAAAAUUUCGUUGGCGGAAAAUUCCACAUUAAUUUCUUAACUAAUAAACUAUAAGGAAUAGGCUCUUAAAUAAAAUAGAGUCAUCAUUUAAACUAUUCUUACAUUUAACCAUCUCAAUGCUGGUUGUUUACACUAUUUAACAAUUUUAUAUUCACCUAACCUAAUCUAACCCGCCAGUGGAACUCAUCCUUGGUGUGGUCAAGAGCGUUGUCAUCACGUCUCUUAACAGCCUUCUCGCAAGGCGGGCUCGGCAGAGAUAGAUAAGCGAAUGCCCAUAUAGAUAGACCCCCUUCGUUUCUCACCAAACAACUGCUCCAGCUAAAUAGACACGAAAUCAGACUAGUGACAGGAUUUCUAACCAGACACUGCCGUCUAAGUCGCCAUCUUCACACCAUUGGCAUUACAACCUGUCUAACGACAUUAAAAGGUUCAAGCCAAAGCGCCUGAUCAGCUUCUUAAAGAACAUCACACUUUGGUAACGUCAAGUAACUAUGAACUAAAACUAUAUGUUCACCUUUAUUAUGACUCUCAUCAGCGACACAAUUCUGAAUGAUUCCUCUACAAUGAAUUCUUUAACUGUAGCCACUGUGGCAUUAACUUUAGUGGAUCUAACUUCAACAUUAACCUUUGGCCAAGUAUCUUGUUUAUUGUUACAAAAUCCAGCUUUCUUAAAGCAAUUUUUAAUGGUAUGUUGAUAUCGAGGUUAAGUUUCCCUCCAAACACUUAAAGAGUAUGGUUAACAAUUUCUCUAUAGUGGAACCUUCUUCUUCCACGGGUACAUUGAAGGAUAACGCUUACGUCUUAUACAGACUCUAAAGAUUAAUGGAAAUAAAUACUUACCCCAAUCAGGAAUACAGAGGGGGAAAAGACAUCUUCUAGAUCACAGGUUUAGAAUUACUCUAAAUACAAUUUUUAUAUACCUACUUCUAUAUAUGUACCACUGUAUACAACUAUUUUAUAAGAUUAAUAACUAUCUAUCUAUCUAUAUAUAUAUUUCAUGGGCUCUGUUGAUUAUUUGAGACUAAUAGUAAAUAAUUAACCCUUUGUUUACAUAAAUUCCUAUACUAAUUUUUAAAUGUUUAACAAUAAUGUGAACGUAAGUUUAGCUUCUAUCAACCUUGUCCUCGUGUUAGUUCAACUUUUUAUGACCUUCAGGGUUAAUAACCACCACACACUUAUUCUAGACCUCACUCUUUAUGCACAAAUUUCUUCAGUAUCGAUUUUGGUAUAUCGAUAACCGUGAUUAGGACAGGGUGUCUAGCGAAUUUGAAAACUAAAAUUCAAGGACAUUUCAAGGGUUGAAAUUUUCUUUUUUCAAGGAUACAUUCUUACAAUAAAAACAAUUAUAUAUCGAUGUCUUCUUCUUCUUCUUGUAGUAGGACGAGGUCCUGUCAGGUCUGUCAUCUGCCCUCUUGUGACGCCGAUGUCCAGCUAUCGUACCAGCGUUUUGGGGGCCUACCGAUUGGGCGUCUUGUGUCUGGUUUCUGUGUUUUGGCCCAUUUGGCAAUCCGUUCUGGAGCCAUUCGUUCUACAUGGUCUCUCCAUUGUCGGCGUCUUGCUCUUACCCAUCUAACGACAUCUUGUACUCCCAGUUCUCUUAAGGUAUCUGUGUUGGGUAUUCUAUCGUGGAGUGUGGUACCCUUUAUUGUUCGUAAUAUCUUCAUCUCUGCUGUUCUCAUUUUUCUCUUUGUUUGUGUUGUGUCUGCCCUUGUUUCUGCGGCAUAGGUUAAGUAUGGGUCUGAUACAGGUCUUGUAGAUUCGCGUCUUACUUUCUAUGCUCAUAUAUUUAUUUCUCCAUAUAAUGUUCCGUAAAUAUCCCGAUAUUCUCGUUGCUUUCUUGAUCUGCUUAUCUACCUCGUCCGUUAUGUUUCUGCUGCUCGUUGUUUCUACGCCCAAGUAGUUGAAAUUCAUUACUUGCUCUAUAAUGCGCUCAUUUACUACCAACUUGCAUCUUAUUGGGUCUUUGGAUAUUACCAUGCUUUGUGUUUUCUCGCAUGAGAUUUGCAUGUUAAGUCUCUGUGCCGUCAGGUUAAAUUUAUGAAGGAGGCGUUGUAGAUCGUCUUCAUUUUCAGCUAUAAGUAUAGCGUCAUCUGCGUAGCAAAGGAUUCUCAGGCGACGGUUAUUCAUUUCGAAUCCUGCAUUAACUUCGUUUACGCUGUCAAUUAUUUGGUCCAUUAUUACGUUGAAAAGGCAGGGGCUGAGGCUAUCUCCCUGUCUUAUGCCGGAUGAGACUUUGAGUUCUCUUGUUAGCCCACAGUCUGUUUUUAUUCUUGUUUUGGUGUUGAUGUUAAGUUGCCUUACUAGAUUUGUAUAAUGCUUCUUGACGCCUUUUUGGCGACAUAUAUCGAUGUAAUUUUACUAAAUAAUUUAUUAGUACCAAUUUCAGCGUAUAUAAACAUUAUAAAGUUCAUUUUGCUAGUUUUCUUGACUUUUCUGCCUCUUGAGUUAGUAAGCUCGAAUCUUCUUCAUAGUUUUCUCGUAAUCUUUUUUGUUGGAUUUUAUUUUCAGCCAAUUUCUCGGAAGCUCUUUUUUUCGCUACUUUUUCUUCUUGAACAUCUGAUUUUUUUUAUCUAAUACAACUUGUUUUUGUUUGUGUGCGUUCCUAAAUGCUACGCUACGCGCACUGCAUCGUGCACAUUCCUCAAAGCAAUUAAACUGUCCUCUUGCAAAUUUUCUACUAAAAAUUCUUUAUUAUAUGAAAAACUGAUUAUAAUUCUCAAAAUACGGUGCAUUUCUUCAUACACCUUUUCACUGAUAAAAACAUCAUGCAGGAAAAUAUCCAGUCUAUUUUUCUGUAUAUCAAAAGUUUUCAAUUUAUUUUUAACACUGUCUCUUGAGACUAAUUGAUUAUAUUCUUUUUUUAAUUUGUCAGCAUGCAAAGCAUUCAGACGAUUUUUUUCCACUAAAUAUGUGAGUAAGAUUUCUGCACGUCUUUUAGAUUGGUUUUCGCGUAACAUUACUAAUGGUGAAAAACAAGCAGCUCCCUCCAAUAAUUUAGAUGACAGAGGAGCUUUUUGUAGGAGCAUUUGACACAUCUUUAUCAAGAACUUUCGGCAUUCUUCUCUAAACUGCAAGAUUUCCAAAUCACUGACUUUCUUUGAAUUUUUCAAUGGUAUUUGUUGCAAUACCAACGUGAACUGAUACAGCAGGCAGAAGAUUUGAUUUAUUAGUCAAAUCGAUUUUCAGUAUAUCAUUCAUGGUUUUCACAGAAGGUAGAACAGAACCUUUUACUACUCUUUCCAUAAAAUCUUUGAUCAUUGUAAAUAAAUCGUUCCUUAAAAAUGGAACCAUUGGCCAAUCAGUCUGAUAUUUUGUUAAAAAGGGCUCCAAUUCAUUAGUAAUAGAAAGUAAAAAACGAAUUUUCGACCUGAGGAAAUACAUCUUUCAAAGAAGCUUUUAUGAUUUUGAUAUUACUUAAUUUAUCAGUAUAACUUGCGCCAUCACCGACUUCAUCAUCUUUUACAGUUUCAAAGUAUUUUGUUAAAUCAUCUAAAAUAUCAUCAGCUCUUUUCAAGGCCUUCGAAUUUUCCAAAAAUCGAGUGGCACAAUAUUUUUCGGGAAAAACUUUGGACUUAGUGCACUUUGUGUAUGCACCUCGUCGAGAUGGAACGUUCUUGAAAGUAUUGUACGAAGCACGUAAGAACUUAUCAAUUAACCAUUUGCUAUCUUUAUGACUAGUUUUGAAAGUGCCAUUAACGAUAUGUAAAAUGCAAGUACCUAUGUCUAAUAAUUUUGGAGCGUCUUCACUGACCUUCAAGUAAGCAGCGAGAUCUUUCAAGAACUUUUUAUUAACGUUCGGACCAUCCAACGAAACUUGCAAUAACUUUUUCAUAAGAAGCCCGUGUUUUUCAAUAACAUCGUCUGUAAAAGCAGCAAACAAUUCGGCUGCUGUAGCACGUUCCAAGAAAUUCGAAGUCGAGUAUCGCGUAUCAGCUUUGUUUUCAUGCCAGAAGCGUGCAACAACGUCCAUUUGACCUUUCUGGGCAACUUUAUUAAGACUCUCGUCGAAAGAUAGCGUAAAAAAUUCACAGUUUCUAAUUUCGUUCGCUAAUUCGCUCUGAAAGUGAGGUCCUAAUCCAUACGUUAUCGAGUAACACAAUUUAUCUUUUUUCAUCUGAACUUUCUUAGCAAUAUCACUAUCAGGAAACAUGUAUCCAAAUAAUUCACUUUUUUUACCGUCACUCCGUGCAGAAGUUUUUUCCCGUGCAUGACUCAACGCCCAAAUAAUCUCUGCCUUUCUUUCGACACAUAAUUAUUCAUCGGUUUGAUCAAAUUAUUUUGACCGCACUUGUCACACCGGUUACAGCUUGAUGAGUUUUCCGAGCUAAGAAUAGCUUCUGCUGGCGCGUUUUGUGAGGUAGACGGCAUUGGCGGUGUCGUUGAUUGCGACGAUGAAAGUAAAGUCUGAACAUUCUGACUUGUAUUUUUUGCGGUUACACGUGAGAACGCAAAGCACAAACACCCAUGUGAGAUAUGUCAACAACCGUAUCACAUAGUCUACAGCACGCUUCAGAAUCAAGUUUUGUCUUUUUUACCCAGAAAAAUUCAGGAUGUAACUCCUUAUUUAGCCAGUCGUCUUGAAACUUACACGUACCUUUACCCAUUUUUCUUUUCACAUAUAAAGAUAUAGCACUGAAUUAGUUACACACGAAAAAAAAAAAAGAAAAGGACGAUUCCUCCAUGUCAAAAUCAUAAGCAUGUGACUUUCGCGAAAGUCAACCUGCUACUGACACGAGACUGUUUAUGCUUGAUCGUCUUCGAGUUCGAACGAGUAUAGUGUUUGCCCUUCGUUAGAAUCAAGUCGCCGCAAGUCCACCCGAAUGUCACGUGUUUUGACACGUGUAUGCUCGGCUCAUUUCCCGAGAAUCGAAAAAAAAGUUGUUUACAGUUUUGUAUUGUGACUAAGGCAUGUCAAUCUACGUAUUUUUAAAAAAUAACAUUUUCUAUACAUGCUACAAUAUGUGUACAUAUGUAUAUACAUAUUUAUAUUCUCAGAAAUCGAACUGGAGUUUUUUCAGAAUAUUUUAUGAUGUGAAAGUAAAACUUUGAUUUUCAUAAAAAAGAGAUUUUCAAGGAUGCUUCGAAAAAAUCAAGGAUAUUUCCAGGUUUUCCAGGGUAAAAUUGAAAAUCAAGGUCAUUUCAAGGUUUUCAAGGAGCGCUAGACACCCUGUAGGACCAUCUCCUCUGCUGAUCUUUUGGAAGUUGGCUUCUCAUUGAAUCCUUUUUUGCCAGACGAACUUCCUCCAUGACUACAUCUGUUAUCUGAUCGCGUUUUUUGUCCCAGAAGGUUAUCCAGUCUAUAAUCUAAGGGUUUUCAUCCCUUUUUAUAUCGUUUCAGCUGUAUAGGUUAAUAUGGUAAAAUCCAUUGAUUGUAUUUACCUUAAUAUCUUCAUCUAGAGGUUGCAGUUUACUAGUGGUAUUAGCAGCGGGUACAUAACUUCCAACAUUUCAAGUUUUGGUGUCGUCAGCAGUACCAUUGUCGAUAAAAAGCACGAUUUUUUUUGUUUUAUCAUCAUUUGCUUGUUGACUUUUUUCAACCAUUUGUUUUGCAAAACUGCAAGGAGAUUUUUAGUUUGUUGACCUCCGUGGAACUUUUCGCUUUCAAAUGCGAAUGUGUUAUACGAAAGCUAAUUCUUUGGCAGUAUAGAUAUUUUCUGCUUCAGGACAGAUUCUUCUUGAAGAUAUUGUGAAUCUCUUAUCCACUGAUUCACUUUUUUUGGCUACUUUUUUGACAAUAUAAAUAUUUUCUGCUGAGAGAAAUAUCUUGUCCACUGGUUAUUUACUCCCAGAUGCCCUGAUUCACCUUCUCCAUUUACUUUUUUGAAUAAUCUAGACAUUUUCUGCCUCAUAUCCUUCCAAAAGACUCAGUAAAUCUUCUGCCCACCGGUUACAUGCUAUCUGAUUCACUGAUCCACUUUCUCUAUGUACUUUUUUGAAUAAUAUAGACAAUUUCUGCCUCUUAUUCUUUCAAAAUAUUUGAUAAAUCUCUUUUCCACUGGUUAUAUAUUCCCAAAUCUUAUGAUUCACAAUCUCCACCUAUUUUUUGGAACAAAUAGGUAGUUUCUGGAUAGUAUCCUUCAAAUAAUUAAUAAAUCUUCUGUCCACUUUGUACAGCUAGUUUUUUGAAAAAUGCCUUUACGUUUCUUUCAAAUUUUCAUCAUUUGAUACGAAAAUGAGAUUCCAAAACUUUUCAACUAGUAAUAGCUUGUUAGAGAAGCAAUCCGUUGAGUUUUUUGUAUCAAGAGCAGUUCAUCAAUGCUAACGUUCUCAACAAGGGCUUUAUUUAUGUCAGCAGACUCUUCUUGAUGUUUCCAAGUCCUUCAGGAGUACUAAGACUUUAUCUUUGAAUAGAAGAUCGAUUCUAGUAAUCCAAAUUCACUAUGUAUUGAUCUAAUCACUUUUCAUCACGUUUAUUUUUUGUUUUUAUAAUAUUUUUGUAGAAUCUUCUGCGACAAUCUAUACUUGAAUAAUAUUUCUUCUAACUAAAAGAAAACAACAUUGUAGAUUUUAUGUCGUUUAGAGAGCUAUUGGCAAGAGAGGCACUUAUAAAUGUUUCAUUUUCAUCACUUAGUUUUCUCGUUUAUCCAUCUUUCUCAUUUAAUAGUGAGGUUAUGUCGACGAUAUUAAUUCUAUUUAAAUACUUGAAAAUUGUUCCAUUCAUUCUAAAUUGUCUCUAUUAUUGAAAUAUGCGUUUCAUAAUACAAUUUUUUUAUAUUAUUAACAAAUUUAUGAACAAUUAUCAAUCAUUUACAACUAAAAUAGGAAUUAUACUCAUAUUGCAAUAAAUCUCACCCAAUUGAAAGUUUUAAUUAUUUGUGCAUAUUUGUAAUUAAUUAUUGUGAAUAUUCGCAAUUAAUUUGUCAUUAAAAAAUCAUUUUUUAGUACUAAUUGAAUAGAGUGCGGAUAGUAAUCAAAUAACUUUGCAGCAAUGUUUUAAAAUUGUCAAUUGUCAUCUGUCAAUUGACGUUCAUAGAUAAUUGAUUGUUGGAAUAGAGGUUUCAUACAUAAUAAAACUCGAAUAAUAUGAAAUAUGUUUCAAAUUUAAAUAAAUGAUAGAAAAAUUCUCAAUUUUCCUCGGAAUUUAUUUUAAAAAUUUACAAUAUUUUGGAUGUAUAUGUCUAGUCCCUUAUUUUAUAUAAAUUCUUUUCAAAAAGAUUUGAUAUGCGAAAUUUAUAUAAAAAAAAUUAUUUAAAUGUUUAUUAUAUUUAAAAUUUAUUUUUUUUUACUAAACGAACAUAAACAAUAUUUUUCAACAAGAUUUAAACUGAAAUUAGUAGAGGUUAAAUGAAGUGCCCAAUUUGAAUAAUUUUAACAGAAAAAAAAUAGGAAAAUAGUAUAUAAAAGAAAAUUGCAUUUUAAACGUUGGCAACAAUGUCAUAAGUCUUCAUUGUUGUCAAAUUUAUUGAAGUGUUAGAUUUUGUUAUAAAAUUUAUAAUUGAAAUUUUGUUUAUAAUUUUGUAUAUUAUUAAUAAUUAUUAUAAUAUUUGAAACAAUUAUUCUUAUAACCUUUUGGUUGGAUUGAAUGCGACUCUAAUCAAUUUGAAUAUUCUAUGAUAACCGGAAAAAAAUUAAAACAUGACAACGAUGUAAAACAUCUGUCAUAUUUUCGCGUUCCUUGUCGUGUUCUGAAUUUAAUACAGGGUGUAUAUUAUAAAAGAUUGUAUUUAUUUGCUUUUUGAAAAAUUAAAUAAAUUAUACUUCAAAUUGGAUAUUUUCUUAUCGUAAUUUAGUCUGUGGUAAAUUAUUAUGUUUAUAAAAAUUUAAUAUUCAUUAUAAUCCCAAAUGAUUGCGAUAAAAAUAAUCCCACAGAUUCUCCUUGACUGGGAGAUGAUACCAAAAAAAACUUUUAACAAUGUCCUUGUAGUCAGUUUUAAUUGAGAGACAUAUUCUAACCUAGUGACUAAAUUUUAGUAUUUUAUUGCCCCAAUUUUCUCAACUAUGAUUUUUUAUAGUAUUAUACGUUGAAUCUUUUGCAUAUAUAAGAUGAUAUAAAAAAUCUGCUUCUGGUUAACAUAACAGUAGCCUAGGUUCAAUACUAACUAAAUCUAUUUCGUCCAAUUGUACAGAAAACUAAAAAAAAACUAUUAGAGGUUUUGCGAACCCUAAUUGGGUUCAAAUUAUCACCCAAACUAUAGUGAAGACAGCAGGAAAGUCAAUGGAAUACAUUCAAAUAUCCAAAAAGCCCCAUUCUUCUGCUAUUUCAAAUAAUAUGAUGGAUUUAUCUCAUUUUUGAACAAAUAUGUAGGGUUAACUUUUCCCUAUUCCACUUUUCAGUGUGCAGUAUUUUUCUUGUAAUAUUAAUUUUAUCUUUUUAUUCUUAUUUUCCAAUAUCUACCAAGCUAUUUCUACAAUUGGAUAUAGAAGGAACAUGUUUCAAUAGUUGUAUUCAUAUGUGAUCUUGUAAUGGUUGCCCAAAGGGGUUUAAAUAAAUUUUAUUCGGAAUUUUUUCAAGAUGUAAAUAGUUAUAAAUCCAAAAAAAAUUCAUUUGACUGGUUUUAAAACUAGGCUAUUUGUAUAUGGGGCCAAGCGCCGGGGAUUUAUUUUUGGAAUAUGUUCAGGGGUGUCACUUGAAUGUAAAUUCAAGUGACAGUCAUGAGAGGGCGUCCGCGUCAGGUCUUCAAAAACAUCUUUUUUAUUUCAAACUUUGUCUUAUAUUACGCAAAAGUUUUUAAUUAUAGCGCUCCAAACUUUUUACAAUGGUUUUUGCUAUAGUUCUUGAUAAAUGAAAUCUGUAGGAAAUAGAAAAUUUCAUGCUCUACAGCUUCAGUUACCACCAUUUUUAAUUUAUCAUGAACCGUUAACUAUAUAUUUAACAAAAACCAUAUUGUAAAAAGUUUGGAGCGCUAUAAUUAGAAAUCUAUACGUUGUAAAAAAAAAGUUUCAAAUAAAAAGGAUGGAAAAAAUUAUCAUCUACAAAAAUGAUUUUCACUAUUUUUGUCGUACGAUGCACGGUUCGCAAGAUAUUUGAUAAAACGUGUUUUUCAAUAUGGCGGCUGUCCCAUGACGCCCAUUUGGAUUUACAUUUACAACUUUGCAUUAUGAACUUACUUUUUUCGCUCUGGCGCCCGGCCUAUAUUAAAAGUGUUAAAAUUACGUUUACUAUUUUUUCCCCUCAAAAUGUCUUUGGGAACACGAUGUUUAUGGAUUUUAGAUUAAAUAUUUUAUAUUUUUGUAGAACAUAUAUUUUUGUUGUUGUAAUAAAUAUUAAAUACUAUCGAAAA